AUGGAAACAGGACAAAACCAACCAUAUCCUAAUAAUCAACCUAUUAAGAAAUUGUUGAUAAGAGUUGGAAAUAAGUCAUUUCAAGCCUACCUGAGUUAUAUUGAGAACUUCACAGAUCACUUCUACCGUUGGCAAGAAAUAUUUAUCGCAAAUGAAAGCCAAAGCGAUAAAAAGUGCAAAGGCUUAGAAUUAAAAAAAAAAGACAGAAGGGGUUAG